AGGUGUCUAUUCAGCUGCCAGAACCUGGUGGCGACGUAGACGACAACCUCCGGGAGCUCGCGAACUAUGCCAUCCACGACCUGCACGUGCAGGAGCCGCAUUUCAGCAUGCUGGUCAGCGGCGAGAAGCGGAUAGAGCUACGAGUUGCCAAGCGGCGGUUUACCUGCAUCGAAGCCCAAAGCUACUUCCGCGUGCAACGCUCUUCGCCUCCGCAAUCUGCGAUGUUUAAGAUCCUGCGCGCCACCCACUACCGCUGCUUGGAGGACGCGUUUGCGGCCGAAGGGGUGGGCAACAUCCUGCCGGGUGUCACUUGCAUGUCCGCAGGCAUCGCCUCCUUCCAGCAGCUCUACGGAACCCAACAGCUGGAGCCCGGGCUGGUGGCAUUCGAGCUCUCCUCCUGCAAAGCUGAGGCCUCAGCUGCCCCGGCCCGGCGCGCACCGCCCAUUCUGCACGGGAGGGCCGCGGACCCGGCUGACGCAGCGCACGGAGCCGCGGGCGAAUCAAUGCUGCGCGUGCGGGGGGCCUGGCGCUACCCCACAGAGACCAAGGGCUUCGGAGAGUUGACGCUGCAGCCGCAGUGGGACCUUCUGGCGAAGAAGAACCCCGACUGGUGCUUGGAAGCCACCGCCUUCUGCGUCCUGGGCGAGCAGAGCUGUCCGCUGCCCGACGAGGAGGGCCUGGAGUUCAUCCUGGACCUCGGGGAUUCCAAGCCGCGCUGGGGUCAGGUGAAGGUGUGCCUCACCGUGUGGGAUGAGGUGGUGCUGCGCACGGCCCGCAGCGCCUUCUUCGGCCAGGCCUGGCUGCCGCCGCUGUGGCAGGCCGGCGGUGAGGUGCGGCUGCCGCUUCUUCGCGGAGCGGCGUCCGCCGCUUCCGCGGGGGAGUUGUCCGUGUCCGCCAGCUGGGAGUACCCGGCGGCGGGCACGGAGUCACAGGGGCGCCUGGCUUUGCGUGGGCUGUCGCUGUCGCCUUGCCCGGGCCCGGCCUACGUGGUGGCGCGGGUCUUCCAUCAGAGCUGCCGGGGAAUUGAGGGCUGCGGCACGCACAAAGUGGUGCUGAAGGUGCCCGUGUCCGGCGCCGGAGGCGGCGCUGCCGGCCGAAAGAAGGCGCCCAACCCGGCGCGCCUGGGGGAUGAGCGCCCGGAGCCAGUGCUCAGGGUGGCUACGCCAAAGACCAAGCGCUCGGAGGUCCGCUUUGUGGUGCCGGGGAGCUUGGUGAAGCUGGGCCGUCGCCUGCGCUUCGCGGGGCUGGACUGCGCCAUUGUGGACUCGUUGCAAGCGGCGCAGCAGCAGGCGGCGGCAGAACGCCGUCACCUGUUGGUGUUGGAGGGCUCUCGCUCCCCGGGCAUCGCGCUGCCACGGAAAGCCCUGGAGGAGCAGCUGCAGUACGUGUUGGACCACCUGGGCCUUUGGUUGGACCCCUCCUCCAUGGCCUCCCGCUGUGCCGAGUGCAAUGGGCACCGCUUCCGCCUCGCAAGCCGAGAAGAGAUCGCGGCAUCCGAGGAGCUGCACGCUAGCACCUUGGAGCGGUAUUCGGAGUUUUGGCGCUGCUGCAGCUGCCGGAAGCUCUACUGGGAGGGCGGGGCCUGGUGCCGGUCCCUGCGCGCCUUGAAGCCGAGCGAAGCGGAAGCGGAAAGUGGAAAAGCGCUUCCCCUGCCCGACAGGGUGUUCCCCAAUAGAAGGGUUCUAAGAAGCGGGUUCGGAUCGUUUGCACCCAAGGAGAAUCACAUGUGUGUGAAGCAUCCAAGCACCCAAGGGCCCACUUGGAUGGGGAGACCGUGGGAACCUAAGGGAAAACCCAAAGGAACUCAACUGUUCUGGGUCCAUUUUCUUAUUUAG